UUUUUGGCGAUGACAGCAAGGAAACUGUAUUAUUACUUCCACCCGAUACCGUAGAGAUCAAUGGCGAAUUCACGGAUAAUCCUUUUAGUCACAUUGUAAAUGGACAAAAGAACACUAUCAAGGUUACUUUUGAUAACAAAGGAGAAAAUAAUUAUACCAUUAACCUGAUAGGAGGCGCAUUGGUUAAUAAAGAUAAUCCGUCCGAAAUCUUUCGCGUUGCUUAUAAUGGGACGGUCACGGUUGUUGAUCCAGACGUAUCCAUCUUUGAUUUACAACUUCUUUUCAUGUGGUUGAUUCUUAUUAUGGCUUUUGGUGGUUUCGUAUACAUGAUUUACCAAGCCUUCUUCGCAGGGGUUAAACCAAAAAAGACCAAGCGUGCUCCGGUUGUUAAAACAGAGAAUAGUGAAACAGGACCAUCAGAUUUGAAAUAUGAUGAGAGUUGGAUUCCUGAACAUCAUUUAAAACCACAAACUCGCACAUCACCUC